AUGUCAAAUUGUUUGCGACAACGUGUUCAAGAAACACAGAAUAUUUUGUCUGCCAAGUUGGUGUACGACAAAAGAGUAUGGACGACUAUUAGUAAAGCGAGUGACAAGGUUAAAGGUUAUGAACCCGGAAAUACAAACUCACCGAUACGUUCAGCGAUCAACGAUGUUUUAUUAUCAGCAGCACAGUCUCCUGAUAUUCUGAUUGGUCCUGAGGAUACAUUGACGUAUGUAGGGGAGACAGUGGUGAUGAAAUGUACAGUAUCAAGUGGACAACCUGCAUGGUUUAGAGUGGUACCUGAUAGCAGUGAUAUGCAGUUAUCAGAUGGAACAUCAGUAUUGAAUCCCUACCAGAUAGUAGGAGACCAAUCUAGUGGAGAAUACUUUCUACAAAUACAAAGUGUUCAAGUCAGUGAUUCACACACAUAUCAGUGUGCGCUCUUCAAUGCAAAUCCACCAUAUAUACAGGCAUCAUUGACAGUUAUAGGUGUACCCCCAGCUGUGUUGGCAUGGUUACGAGAUGGGGUUGUACAAUAUACAGGAACAACAAGCCAAACUACAAUACUGUGGAAUACUGCAAUAGAAAGAAAUGAUGAUGGAAAGUUAUACAAAUGCAGUUUACAACACAGUACACUAACCAAUGAUAUAUCCUGUCAGUCUGUAAUGCAAUUUGAUGUUGAAUAUGACCCUGUUAUCAGUGUCAGUAUUCAAAGUGGUAAUAAUCAAGGGCAGAUAAAGGAAAACGAUGACUUUGUUGCUACAUGUGUUGUUGAUGACAGUCAUCCAGCUGUUGACAGUUACUCAUGGAGUAGUUCCGGUGGAUUUACUGCAAAUGGGAAUAUGAUAUCAUUAUUUAAUAUAAGGCGAACAAGACAUGGUAGUUAUACAUGUACAGCUAGGAAUACAUUUUAUGAUGGCAGUCGAGGUAUAAGAACAACACAGCUAAAUGUUGAUGUACAAUUAUCCUGCGGACAAUAUGUUAAAAUAAGACCUACAUGUGUUGUUGAUGACAGUCAUCCAGUUGUUGAAAGUUACUCAUGGAUUGGGCUUGGCUGGUUUACUGUGAAUGGGAAUACGAUAUCAUUAUAUGAUAUAAAGCGAUCAAUUCAUGGUAGUUAUACAUGUACAGCUAGGAAUACAUUUUAUGAUGGCAGUCGAGGUAUAGGAACAACACAGCUAAAUGUUGAUGUACAAUAUAAAUCCACAGUGACCAUAGAAAUAACACUUGGUGAAGGUUAUGAUUUGGAGUUAAUUUGUACAGAUUUUGGUGUUCCUUCUCCAUUCAAAUAUACAUGGAAUCGUAUUGAUAAUCAAGGCAAUACAAUCACACUAUCAGAAGUGACUGAUACUUUACAGGUAUAUAAUAUCCAACCUUCAGAUGCUGGUACUUAUAUAUGUACUACUACUGUUAAAUACUAUGAUGAUACAGAAGACAUUUCAUCAGAUACUACUAGCAUAAUUGUGUAUUAUUCUCCACGAAUCAACAAAGAAAUCAGUAAAUCAGGCGCCAGUAAAGGUGAUACUGCAACUAUUGUGUGUGAAGUUGAUGCUUUGCCAAUUUCUGACAUAACAUGGUAUAAUAAUAAUGAAUAUGAAAUGGACAAUAGCAGUGAAAGAAUACUUAUCACAGAAUUCGUAGAUCACAAUAUUAGACGUAGUAUAUUAUGGAUAUUUAAUGUAUUACCAGAGUCUGACUAUGGUGUGUAUAACUGUACAAGUGUUAAUAGAUUAGAAUCUGAUAGCCAUCUUAUUACACUCAAUGGAACAAGUAUUACUAUCCAAAUUACGGGGCCGUCAGAUACUAAUGUUAUAGAUGGAGAAGAUGCUACAUUAGUUUGUAUUAUCACUGAUAUUGUCUCACCAUAUCUUGGAAGAUGGUCAGUAGUUGCUGUUCCACCACUACGCUUAUUUACAAUACAAGGUACUGGAAGUUGGACAUACAGUACUGGUUAUGACGAUGUUAUACAUGAUGGUUGGACUAUUAUCACAUCAAUGACCGAUCAUUUCGAUUUGAAGAUUCCAAAUGUUAAUGUUGAAGACGAAGGAACAUACGAUUGUGGCUCUACAUCAGAGACUCCAGGAACUGUACCAGGACAUUAUGCUGUACUGAGUGUAACAGUGCCUGUGAGAUCUGUCAUUAUCGUUGGAAACUUAAAUAGUGAUACAGCAUAUGUAGUAGACGGGUCAGUGUCUACAUUUACAUGUAAAGUUAUAGGCACCAAACCAUCAGCUGAUAUAGACUGGUUUAUAGGAACACAAUUAUAUCAGGGCACACUAAGUGUAAAGAAUGACGGUAAACUACGUGAUACAACAAGUGUGUUUACAUUUACACCAAACUUGGACAGUGAUGAUAAUAAACAACUACAAUGCAAAGCUAGUAACACCGAUGAAAGGUCACCAGUGACAACAAAUGUCAAGUUAUAUGUAAAAGGAAUCACUAUAGACGUCGAUGCAGUAUACUGCUAUAAACUACACU